AUGUCGGCAUCUAUGUCGGCAGAAGAUGGAGCUACGUCUUCGGAUACAUACAAUGCAGUCGAGCGCCGUCUUGGUCUACUAGAUGCGCUCUCGCGUAUUCGUCAUCUGAAAGACUCCAAGCUGGAGAACCAACGUGCACCUGCGCAGCUGCUUGUCGCUAUUGAGGCGACCUUGGCCGAGCGUGCAGCACAGGAACAACAAGAAACAGGGCCUACGCAAUACUUCCUAGCUCUGGAAAGUUUACUGAGUGCGGAGGAGCCUGGCGAGGAUGUGCAUGCUUCGUCUGUGUACCUUCUCAGCCUUGUCCUGCCGUACGUCGCGCCUGGCGUCGUACGUGCAAAGAGCUUGGCCCUGCUAAGCGCUGUAGCGGCGCCCUUGGCUGAGCCCCACGGUGCGAGUGAGCAUAUGAAUGCACGUAUCCGAUCGGCGUUGGGCGUCGUCGAGGCGUUGCUUGAGAUGGUCCCAGUGAAGGACCGAACGCACUUGGAGCGGGAGCGGACGUGGCUUACGGUAUGGGACCUGGUCCUCUCUCUUUGUAUGGAUGCCCGUCCCAAAGUGCGCCGACGUGCGCACGAUCUCGUGCGCCACAUCCUGGGAUUGCCGGCAUGGUCGCAUGACCAUCCCUAUGCGUCGCGUACGAUGGCGUGGGCGGCACGGACACUGCAACAUGUGGCAGAAGCUCGUGGCGGCCCUGUAACGACCCAAGGCGGCAAGCCCACCUACGACAAGAAGAGUGGACAGGCGCGGCAUGCCAAGAGUGCCGCGGCAGCGCGGCAACAAGCCGCGUCGGAAGGCGCAGCGAGUAGCGGUAUCUGGGUCUGCCAGCUUUUGCAAGGUUUGGUCGCAUUGGUGCCGCCCAAGACCACGGCGACUCUGGUCCCAGCGCUGCUACUGCUGCCUGCCCUGCAAAAUCCGUUCCUGACAGUGGCUGUGUACGACGUCUUUGCCGCGCUCUUCCGCUCACCCCGAGCCGAGGCUAUGAGCACCGAAGCGAUGCUGGCGGCGUCCACGGCCCUGGACCAACCUGCGCGCGACGUGACACUGCUCGCGCAGACGGUCUCAGCCUUGCUUGACGAGAGCGCGGUGCCUGCGUCCACCGACGUGCAGACGCUGCCGUCGUACAUGGGCGUGCUGGAAUCGUGCAUGGUGACCUACUCGGCCGCGUCGCCCACCGCGGCGUGGGCGUUGGUCCCUACGUUGUGGCAGCAGACAUGGCACUUGGCACUCUCGGCGCAAUCCGAUGCAUCGCGGUCCUCGCCCAGCGUGCGUGUGGCAGGCCGGACGUUGCUCCAGGCGCUCGUGCGCUAUUGUGUGCCAGAAGAAGCGGUGGCAGAAGCACUUACAGCAUCGACGUCGCCUCUUCGUACGAUGCUCGACUCGGUGAAGGAUGCGCUGGGCACGCAUGCGCUGCGCUACGCGCAUGCACGUGCCGACAUUCUGCCUGUUCUGUCGAGCUGCUUGCAGCGUCUGCGCUACCCUCUUGAGCCUCGUCAGGCGCCGCCGGCGGAAACGUUGCUGAUGGACCAAGUCGUGCAUGUGGCGUCUCUGCGAACCCAACGCGACUUUGAUGCGCGGGCCGAAGCGGAUGCGGUCCUGGGCACGGCCGUGGAAGUGUGUGGGCCUGCGCGUAUCUUGGCUGUGCUGCCCCUGCAAUUGCUCGACGACGAAGGCCGGCCUAAUAUGCAGGGUACGGGCCGUGCGUGGAUGCUGCCGUUGCUGCGUGCGCACAUUACCAACACAAACCUACAGCACUUUGUCGAGGCGAUGGUCCCGCUCAGUGAGGCGCUCUUCGAGCUGCGUGUGCGCGCUGAGCAGCCGACCGAUGGCACGGCGCCCCGGCCUGUGGAGGCCAAAGUAAUGGAGGCGCUGAUCGAGCAGAUUUGGGCGUGCUUCCCUGGCUACUGUGAUCUGGCGCGCGAUGUGCCUACGGCGCUUACGCCGCGGGUGCUGGAGCUGUUGGUCCAGGUGCUGCGUACGCAACGUGCGCUGCGUCCCAGUGUACUCAAGGGCUUGGAAUGGCUCGUGCAGCGUACCGAGUCGCUCGUGGCUUCGCAAGCGCCGGCCGACCAACUGCAGCGCCAGUUUGGUGUGGAUCAGGCACAAGGCCAAGCGACACUGGCGCAUUUGCGUUCGUUGGCAGGUGUGCUGCUCGCUUCGUUGUUCAACCUACUCUCUGAACUGCCUGCGCAGGAACGUGCCUACGUCAUGGAAUGCAUUCGAACCUACUUGGCGAUUCUUGAUGCGCCCAGCAUUGCGCAGACCUUUAGCAAAGUGGCCGCGAUGCUCACACAGGCGCUGCAAACGUACGAGCCAAGCAUGCCGGCGCCGGGUAUGCCGGAGCCGAAUAGCCCACGCUACGUCCCGCCUGUGCCGCAUACGAUGAUGGAUCUGCUAUUGGCGCUGGUCCCGCAUCUCAAGAAAGCGGAAGCGAUCCAGCUGGUCGACAUGUGUGCCCAUGUCCUGCCGGUGGCCGAUAGCAGCUUGCAAAAGAAAGCAUACCGUGCGUUGGCCCGCCUGCUGACAGGUGACGAGGCCGAGGCCCUGCGUAGCCACUUUGGCACAGCCGCGCUCGUCUCGCAAUGGCUCACAUUGGACGUGCAGCCUGGUGCCGUGCGUGAUCGCUUGCAGUUGCUGCUGGCCCUGCUCCCACACUGGCCCAACGAUCAGCUUGGCCUGCUGGGCAGUGUCGUGCCGGAAGCCGUGCUGGGCACCAAGGAAGCCAACCAGGGCGCACGAGAAGCGGCGUACGACCUGCUUGUGGAGAUGGGGCAUCGUAUGGCGCAAGGUGGUACAAUCCAUCGUGCACAGGCCGGCGCGGCGAACGCAGAGACGGCGUCGGUGGACGCCUCCGUGCAGGAGCUGGUCAUGAUGGUCGCGGCGGGCUUGGCCGGCGCGAGUCCACGUAUGAUUGGCGCUUCGAUUACAGCGUUGGCCCGGUUGUUGUACGAAUUCCACACGACCUUGCCAGCCGACACGGUGCGUGAGCUGCUUGCGACCAUGCUCGUGUUCCUCGAGAGCACGAACCGUGAAAUUGUGAAGGGCGCCUUGGGUUUCUGCAAGGUGGCUUUGGUCGCAUUGCCUGCGCCGGACGUGGAAAGCACGCUGCCCACCUUGGUCCCGGCGCUGCUGCAUGUCCGCCAUGUGCACAAGAACCACUUCAAGGGCCGUGUGCGCCACUUGAUCGAGCGCUUGCUGCGUCGCUUUGGCGAGAAGGCCAUUGAAGUGCAUGUCGAUGCCGAGAACCAGCGUCUGCUGGCCAACAUUCGCAAGCGCAAGGAACGCGCGAAGCGCCGUCGUGCGCAGGCGUCGACGCACGAAGGCGAGGAAGAGACGGACUGGGCGCCAGCGAAGAGCGUAGGUGUCGAUGCCUUCGAAGAGGCGCUGUACGGCAGUGCCUCGGAAUCGGAAUCGGACGGCGACGAGGAUGCGGAGGAAAAGGCGACGCGACCGAAGGCGCGCUUGCCGAACCAGGGCCGCCAGCGUCGCGCGAAGCACCGCGAAGACGAUACCUAUUUGCUGGAAGACAACGAUACGCCGAUGAAUCUGCUGGAUGCCUCCACGGUGAGUGCGAUUCGCUCGCAUGUACGUGCCAAGCCACGCCGCGAGCCUGGCCAGGAAGCCAAGUCGUUCCAAGUCGAUGAUAUGGGCCGCCUGCACAUUCAGGACGAGGCGGCGGCCGCCGCGGCGGACGGGCCGGAGGCCGCGGCUAUGGCGACGGAAGGCCAUGCGUACAUGGACAAGUCGCUGGGUGUGGACGGCUUUACGCACCGUGGACGUGGCGGGGCGGUCAAGUUCAACAAGAACAACAAGCGCACACGGGCCCAGGAGCGCCGAGACGACGAGGAGGAGGAGGCAGAGACAGCCAGUCACGCGCCCCGCCGACCGAAGCGCGGCAAGCAGGCCAUUGGCUCCGAGUUCCGUGCACGUCGCGCCGAGGGCGAUGUGCAGAAGAACGGCAUGAGCCCCUAUGCGUACGUGCCCUUGUCGUCGGUGGCGGGCAAGCGCAAGGGCAAGCCUGCUGCAAAACUGGCGAUCACCGGGAAGCACAAGGCCAAGCGUACGUAA